AUGGCCGCUUCGCUGGCCGCCUCGCCCUCUUUCCCGCCGCGCGGCCACCCGGCCCCCUUCGUACGGAGCUUGCCGUUGGCGUCGCCGCGGCGAGGCGCGGCCCGCCGCACCCUCCCCGUCCCGGCGCACGCCGGCGGGGACGGUGGCGGCGAGGGGGGCGCCGGGAGGAUACUAGACCCGCUCGCCACGCCCUUCCAGGUCCUCGGCCUCGACGCCUCGGCCGGCUACUCCGCCGCGCAGCUCAAAGCCGCCUUCCGCGCUCGGGUAAAGGAAUUCCAUCCUGACGUUUGCAAGGACACGGAGAGUGCAGAUUUAAUAAUGAGGCGGGUGCUGGAGGCCUAUGAGAUGUUAUCUGGCAACAUGGGAAUGAUGAUUGAAAGGAACAAUAUUGACCCAUUUGAUGAACCUGAGUGUGAAGCUCGCGACAUAUUUGUCAAUGAGAUCCUAUGUAUUGGCACUGGAUGCCCAUAUUCUUGUGUUAAAAGGGCACCUCAUGCAUUUGCAUUUGCAGAUGACAUUGGUACAGCUCGUGCAAUAUCUCAAGGUAAUGGUGACGAUUACCCUGUCCAACUUGCUGUUGGGCAGUGUCCGAGAAAGUGCAUAUACUAUGUGACACCUUGCCAACGUACUAUUUUGGAGGAAGUUCUUGCUAGCAUAUUGAUGACGCCAUGGGACCUCUCUGAAGCUGCAGUUCUGGAUUCGCUCACGUCAAAAGCAAAGUUUGAGAACAACAGGUACACGAAGCCCAAAAGAGAAGCGAAAUCAUCUUCUGACUAUGUUGACUGGAUGUGA